AUGUCAGAAUUUGCACCUAUUUCUAUUUAUUUAGUGAUCAGUCCACUAGUUUUUUUGAUCCCACCUGGUGUUCCUUUUCCAUUUGCUUCUUGUAGUUCAACCUAUCCAGAAAAUCUAUCAGCCUACGAAUGUGGUUUUGAUCCUUCCGAUGAUGCCAGAAGUCAUUUCGAUAUACGAUUCUAUCUUGUUUCAAUUUUAUUUAUUAUCCUUGAUCCGAAAGUAACUUUUUUCUUUCCUUGCGCAGUACCUUCCAACAAGACUGAUCUGUUUGGAUUUUAGUCCAUGAUGGCCUUUUUAUUGAUUUUGAUGAUUAGGUCUCUCUAUGAAUGGAAAAUGGGUGAUUCGGAUUGA